AGCGUGUGCAGGCAUAUACUCUGUUCCUGUUCGGACUGAUGCCUGAGCUGUGUAUUCCAGUGCUUGAAGACUGCAGUGGAUCAUCUUGCAGAAAUGCUGUGGGUGUGGAUAACACUGUGCCUCAUGUGGCAAGGAACAAGCAGCUUCAUGAUCCACAACACUGUGGAAAGCCAGUGCCUUGAGGACUCCCUCGGAGAUGCUGGAGUUCAGUUAAAGAGAUGCAGUGUGGACUCAGAGCUCCAGCAAUGGAUCUGGACAGAGCGGAGGUUCCUCAUGAAUGUAUACACAAAAAGGUGCCUGUCUGCCUUACACAGUGACCCAAUCCAGACUCUCGAGUGUGAUGGUGAAGAUGAUCUGCAGUGGCAGUGUAUGAACCACAGGCUCAUCAGCCUGAGUCAUUCCAUGGAGCUAGGUGUGCACAGAGGAAGCCUGGCUCUGACCAACAUGGGGAAAAGCACCAGGUGGAAGUCUCUGGAUCAAGGAGACAUCUGUCAGGAGAAGCUGAGGUCCAGAAGGCAGAGUGAGAAAGAUGAGUUUCCAGCUAUGGAGGACACAAUGACAGAGGAAGAGAGAGAGUAUCUCAGGUGGUAUUACCGCACUGAAGACGCAACACCCUGGAAAUUUGCAAUGCUGGGCUUGUCUCUCGUGGCUCUGCUUUUGGGAUGUGUGCUCUGCCUCAUGGGAACGAUGGGUAACAAACAUCGGAGAGAAAUAGCCAAGUACAAGUCCGCCACCACUGCAUCUCCUGCCACAGUGGACGUGGAAGUGGAGGAGCUUCAAGUCAUCACUGAGAUCAAGGAGGACAACGACUCCUGCACUGGCCAAGAUGGACAACUAGACAGCAAAGCACCAGCGGAGGGAGCCAGUGAGACUGAGGCGCUGAACCCUGGUGACAUUGUGGUCACGUGGAAGGAUGGAAAUGUCUCCAAACUCUACUCUGAUUCGCAAAAGGAGGGUGAGGAGGACAAGUGAUGUGGGACUGAGAGACAAAACAAAUCUCCAAACAAAUUCCCAUUUCUUACCUUGAAUUCUAAUAAAAAUAAAAAUUCAAAUGUACAUAGAUUAAAAGGCUGGUUAAGAAAACUGCACAGUUUGUUUCUUUCUUUCAUACUUUCUUUGCUCUAACUUUGCUCUGAAUUUCAACACAUAAAGGCCUUUACUCGCACUUGGUUACUGUUGUUUUGUAGAUCAAGCCUUUAAAAAAACAUGGAUGGAGUUGUUGAGUUAGUCAAUGAGACAGUCAAUGAGUCCAAGACAGAGCAUGUUUAUUCUAUCUACUCGAAUCUGAUUGGGCGAAAGGUGCUGUUUAAAUAUCUAUAAAAGCGGUUCUGACCGGUUCAUAUUAAUGCACUCGUUUUAAUACUUUAUCGUUUCUAUAGUAACAGAUUAUUCAUAGGGACUUGUAUGGUGGACGCUCAACAUAAUCAAGACUCAAAAUAAACAAAUUAAUACACAUUUUCUUAUUUAACAAAAAAAGCAUACAAUAGUUGAUAUGGUGAUGUUCUCUGUAAUGAUACAUUCAUGGACGGAGUCUCCAGUGUCAGCACUUUGUAGCAGUCAGUAAUUAUUCAGCAUGGCAAAGUCUUUGGGACCGACGGUUUUUUGCAUGUUCCUCUGUAAAAUGACAAUGUGCGUUUUUUGUUUGUUGUUGUUGUGUUUUUUUUGUUGUUUUUUUGUUUUACUAACUUGUGUCAUGAACAUUAUGUGUAGCUAAAAAUGGAUUUAAAAAAAAGUAUGUGUUGUUCAUUUAUAAAUUGUAAUUGUAUAAAUUUUUAUAAAAAUUUUAAUAAUUGGCAAUUGUCUGUGGUAUAAGAGAAAUAAAGCAAUUUGGCAUGUGCUGUGGUUAGAACAGA